UACUGGACCCUUCCAGUUGUCUGUCACUGUUUAUUGGAAAUAAGUCACGGAGACAGAAAGAGAGAAAGCAGCACUCGCCUCCACUCCUCCUCCCAGCAAAUGGGAGAGGAAGUCUAAAUCAUGUUGCAUAUCAGUGCUGUUGUGCUGUGAUGUUGCUCAGACAGAGCCCGGCACAGAGCCGGCAGCCUUGUGGACCAGUCCUCAGACCCAGGAUCAGCCCAGCCUUCUCAGAACUGGAGACCCUCUCCCCACAACGUCCCUCACCUCCACCGCGUGCCCUCUCCAGUGACAUGUACCACGAAGAGAGUCGGGGGUCUGGAGGGGUAGCCACUGUGGACUUCCUGGAAGGGACAUACGACUAUGCUGCCUCCACCCCUGCUCCGACUCCUCUUUACAGCCACUUUAGCACUGGCUACUACUCUGCUCCUUUAGACGCCCACGGACCACCCUCAGAUGGCAGCCAGUCCCUGGGUAGUGGGCCUACCAGUCCUCUUGUGUUUGUGCCCUCCAGCCCCCGAUUCAGCCCCUUUAUGCACACACCCAGCCACCACUAUUUGGAAACCUCCUCAACACCCGUCUACAGGUCCAGUGUCCCAUCCAGUCAGCAGUCAGUCUCCAUGGAGGACCAGUACAACACCAGUGACGAGUCAUACAGCGUGGGGGAGUCAGGAGCUGGAGCUGGGGCUGGGGCCAGGGGGUUUGAGAUUGUCAAAGAGAUGCGUUUCUGUGCCGUGUGCAGUGACUAUGCCUCUGGGUACCACUACGGGGUGUGGUCCUGUGAGGGCUGCAAAGCCUUCUUUAAGAGGAGCAUCCAGGGUCACAAUGACUAUAUGUGCCCAGCAACCAAUCAGUGUACUAUUGACAGGAAUCGGAGGAAGAGCUGCCAGGCUUGCCGUCUUAGGAAGUGUUACGAAGUUGGCAUGAUGAAAGGAGGUGUGCGCAAGGACCGCGGGCAUGUUUUGCGGCGUGACAAACGACGGACUGGCACCAAUGACAGAGACAAGGCCUCUAAGGUCCAGGCGCACAGGACAGUGCCCCCUCAGGACGGGAGGAAACGCAGUAGUGCUUGUGGUGGAGGAGGAAAAUUAUUGCUGACUGGCAUGCCUCCUGACCAGGUGCUCCUCCAUCUCCAGGGUGCCGAGCCCCCAAUACUGUGCUCCCGUCAGAAGCUAAACCGACCCUAUACUGAGGUCACCAUGAUGACCCUGCUAACCAGCAUGGCCGAUAAGGAGCUGGUCCACAUGAUUGCAUGGGCCAAGAAGCUUCCAGGUUUCCUGCAGCUGGGCCUCCAUGACCAGGCGCAGUUGCUGGAGAGCUCAUGGCUGGAGGUGCUGAUGAUCGGGCUCAGCUGGAGGUCCAUCCACUGCCCCGGCAAACUCAUCUUCGCACAGGACCUCAUACUGGACAGGAACGAAGGCGACUGUGUCGAAGGCAUGGCUGAGAUCUUUGACAUGCUGCUAGCCACUGCUUCCCGCUUCCGCUUGCUCAAACUGAAGCCCGAGGAGUUUGUCUGUCUCAAAGCUAUUAUCUUGCUCAACUCUGGUGCCUUCUAUUUCUGCACUGGUACAAUGGAGCCCCUCCACGACACUGCGGCAGUGCAGAACAUGCUUGACACCAUCACAGACGCUCUCAUACAUCACAUCAGCCAAUCAGGAUGCUCAGUUCAGCAGCAGUCGAGACGGCAGGCACAGCUGCUCCUCCUGCUCUCCCACAUCAGGCACAUGAGCAACAAAGGCAUGGAGCAUCUCUACAGCAUUAAGUGCAAGAACAAAGUGCCUCUGUAUGACCUGCUGCUGGAGAUGCUGGAUGCUCACCGCGUCCAGCGGCCAGACAGACCAGAUCAGCCCUGGUCCCAGGCUGAUGGAGAGCUUCCCUCCACCAUCAGCAACAACAGCAACAACAGCAGCAACAACAGCAGCAACAGCAGCGGCGGCUCCUCUUCAGGUGGAUCCAGUUCAGGACCCCGAGUGAGCCAUGAGAGCCCGAGCAGAGCCCCCACAGUCCUGCAGUACGGAGGGUCCCGCUCUGACUGCACCCGCAUCCUAUGAGACCGAGCACAGCAAGCAACGUGAAGGUCAAAAGCCAUUUUUAUGGGUGAUGUGUUUAGUACAGGAGGAGAGAGGUUUGGGAAUAAAAGAUAAUGGUUGUUUUUGACUGAUUUCAUGAGAUAAUAAUUUAUAAAUUAAUUGAAUUUAAGGAGACAGUUUUUCUUUGCACUACUCCAAUUUACUACAAUCUGAGCUUUAAUGCAGUUACUCUUCUAUGCUGUCUUCUAUGUGAUUUUGAGUCUCUAACAGCUUUACAGUACAGCCUUUUAUUAAAUAUUAUUUACAAAACGGCAGGUGUUAGGUCAUAUUGUGGCACUCUAUUAGCUUUGAAAUGACGAGCAGCUAAUUGUUAUUCGCCUUGACCAAAGUGCACUUCCUCCGGGGUUUAAGGGUCUACAGGCACUUUUUUUACUUUGACAUAUUAUGGAUGAUUACACACUAAUCUAUGAUAAAACUGGUUCAAAUGAAUGUGUAAUUUAUUUUGUUUAAAUUCCAACAUUAAGGACUUAACAUCAGGUAUUGUGUUUUCUGCACACACAAAAGUUUAAACUUGAUAUAUUUGGGAAGAAAAUGAUUUUAAUGAUGAAAUAUAUGAGGAUACAUCUGUUGAAUUUUGCAGCUUUUUGUGUGUAGUCAGUUUGUUCUUUAUGCUUACUUGAACUCAAGUUUUCUGAAGUGUGUGCGUGUGUCUGUUUUUUUUUGUCUUGAUGCAGUUGUUCAACCACUUCAAAGCUACUACCGGUUAUUGUUCAUCCAGUAAUUCAGUGUUUACAUGUUGAGUUUGGCUGGAUUUAGACACCUCCAGAAACCUAAUUAUCAUAAUGUAUUUGCACUUAUUCGAUUGUUGUUAUUUACUUACUUAUUCUCGUUUCUGUACGUUCAUGAAACAGAUCUACUAUAAGCCCUGGGAAUGGCGCAAAUAUGUUGCUCAAUUCGCACUCGCCUCAAACAUUCGUCUCACAUUCUGUCUGAAAGGUCAGAAUUGAGAAGCUGCAACCAGGGACUAUUUGGCAUUUUUACUUGAAAAAUGACUAACUGCUGGUCCAAAUAGUUGUGGAUUGUUUUCCUGUCGGUUGACUAACCAAUUAAUUGACUAAUCGUUUCUGUACUUAAAAAAUAUAGGCAAUUAAAAUGUAUGAAAAGCCUCCAUACAGGAUACAAUAGGAUUUGGCCUCUUGAGCUGAAAGGCCAGUCAAACCUGAACUGACUGUCAUUUGUUUACUGUGCAUAAAAAUAAAAGCAUUAAUUGAGAAAA